UCCGAGUCUGUACAGAGAGUUCUGAUUCUGAACCACGAACAUGGAGUGCUUCCCUGAAACGGCGUCGUCCUCUCCUUCUUCCCCAACAAAACUACAAUGUGGGAAUAAAGUUUCAGACAAGGUUUUCUCGCUUUACAAGUCUCUUCCAAAGAAAGGAAAGCCUCAAGGUCGCGAAGUUACCGUCUUAGCUGCGUUUCUCAUCUCAUCCCCUUCUCAAGAAUUGGAAGUUGUAGCACUUGGAACCGGAACGAAAUGUCUUGGGCGAUCGCGCUUGACCUCCCAUGGUGAUGUAGUCAACGACUCUCACGCAGAAAUCGUUGCACGGAGAUCUUUGUUAAGGUACUUUUAUACGCAGAUUCAGCGAAAUUCUGAAAUUUACAGUAAACAAAAACUUGGUGAUGGAAACAAACAGUGUGAAGGUGAUGAUGAUGAAAACAUGGUUUUGGAACUGGACCAAGAUAAUACGAGGAGAAGAAAAUACAGAAUGAAGAAGGGUUGGCAAUUACACAUGUAUAUAUCACAGCUUCCAUGUGGGGAUGCUUCGGCUAGUUCACAAUUUGCACCUGAGAAGAAUGUUUUACCAAGAGAAUGCGGUUUUCAGCCAUCUUGUGCUGAGCUCAAGGAUUCCAUGAAUGGGGAGGCUCCAAUAAAGAUUUUCGGGGGUGAUGCUUCAGAACUUGGUAACUCGGUCCAAAGAAAACCUGGUCGAGGCAAUACAACAUUAUCCGUCAGCUGCUCUGACAAGAUAUGUCGUUGGAAUUUUGUUGGAGUUCAAGGAGCUUUGCUUUCUCACUUUCUGCAACCCGUUUACCUCUCUUCCAUUACUGUUGGUCAAUCUAACUAUUCUGGAGAGAUUAUUGUGGAGGAUUGCUUGAGGAAGGCUUUAUAUGAUCGAAUUCGACCAUUGUUGAAUGAGCUGACGAGUCCCUUUCAAGUGAACCAGCCACUAUUCUGGGCAGCUCCAAUACCACCGAAGGAGUUUCAACAUGCGGAAACUGCUUCAAUCACUUUAACAUGCGGAUAUUCGAUAUGUUGGAAUAAGUCUGGCUUGCAUGAAGUCAUUCUCGGAACAACAGGAAGAAAGCAAGGCACAUCUUCCAAAGGGGCAUUGUCUCCAUCCACUGAGUCUUCUUUAUGCAAAAAGCGGUUAUUGGAAAUUUUCUUGUCUCUGAGAUUCGAAUUACCUCCUGAAAACCGAGAAGAUGAUAUUUCUUAUCAAGAACUCAAGGAAAGAGCAGAAGAGUACAAUUUCAGCUCAAAAAUUCUGAAAGGAAGACCACCUUUCAGUAAUUGGCCGUUGAAACCUCUAAACUACGAUGUCUUCGCUGUUUUGAAAUAAUGCCCUUGAUUAACGUCUACGAUGGAUACUAAUGAUGCUUCGUCUCACGACAUUGCCAUUGACACCGAUGAACCACUGUUCCGCCAGCCCCUCCCGCUCCCACUGUUCCUGCUCAGGCGGUCUCAGCAAUUCUCAUGAUUCUUGCGUGGAAUCCAUUGUCUAACUCCUUAACUUCUUCUCUUACUUUGAAACUUGACAGAAUUAAUUUUCUUGCCUAGAAAUCCCAAGUUGUUCCCACUGUUAUAGGGCAUGCUCUUGAUGAGUUCCUAUUCAGUAAUGUUUCUCCCCCAUUGAAGCUCCUCUCUGGAGAAACGAAUCCUGCCUACACUCAAUGGAAGCGAAAGGAUCAGCUCCUCCUUUCUUGGAUACGUUCCUCAAUGACCGAAGGGAUUCUUGGCACGGUGGCUUCUUACACGACCUCUUACUCGAUGUGGAAGGCUCUUGAGCAAAAAUUCUUGAGUCAAUCGAAAGCAAGAUUGUUACAACUCAAAUCACAACUUUCCAACAUUCAAAAAGGUAACUCAAUCAUCUCUGAUUACAUUGAUUAAAUUAAAUCCAUCGGUGAUUCUUUGGCUAUAGUUGGUCAUCCUGUAAGUGAUUUUGAUCUUGCUAUGCAACUCCUCAAUGGUCUGGGAUCGGAGUUCGAUCCAGUUGUUUCUGGCAUCACAUCCUGUAGUGAUACGCUAAGUCUUGAAGAAGUGCAGGCUUUGCUCAUGUCCAAUGAAACUCAUCUUGAGCGCCACCACUCCAUGAAUGAUCUCUCUGCCAAAAUGCCUGCCAAUUUGACUUUUGGUUCAUCAAGAAAUAGGGGUUUCAGAUCUUACUCCAAUCAAGGUCGUGGCACUACUUCUGAUCCCCCUCACUAUACUGCUCGUGGCUACUCUCGUCCUCAGAAUCCUCCCAGUCGACCAUUAUGCCAAGUUUGUAUGAAGUAUGGCCGUACAACUGCCAUUUUGGAGGUUUGAUAAAAAUUGGGUUACUCCUAAGCCGGGAACUACACAACCCCGUGCCUAUAUUGCUGAACACGAAUGCGAUGCUGAUCCACAAGCCUAUGUUGCUCAAUCUGUCCCUGAUUUUGGUGAUAAUGGUGCCUGGUAUGUUGAUACUGGUGCAACAAACCAUGUUGCCUUUGGAAUGGAAAAUCUUGACUCAGCUACUCCAUAUUUGGGUCAAGAGAAACACUACCUAUUGGAAAUGGUAAGAGACUUGUUAUCUCCCAUAUUGGUAAAGCCAAUAUAUCCUCAAGUUCAUCUACUCCUUUACAGUUAAAUUAUGUUCUUAAAGUUCCUUCUAUAACCAAAAAUCUUGUUAGUGUUUCUAAACUUACCAAAGACAAUGAUGUGUUUCUUGAAUUUCACAAAUCUUGUUGUUUUGUCAAGGACAAGCAAACGGGGGCAGUCUUGAUCAAAAGGAAGGUUAAAGAUGGCCUAUACUUGCUAGGAGAUGACAACCCGAAUCUGUCCAUCACCUCCUUACAGUGCCACUUAGUUACCUCUUCUAGUUCUAGCUCUACGUUGUCUAAUUCUUGUACAUCUUCCUGUAGUAGUUUCAAUUCUUGUAUCAAUAAUGUUUCAACAGUUCCUAAAUAUACCAAUUCUACUAUGAAUAAAGUUGACAUUGCACCACAAGUUUUUACUUCCACUCUUUCCUCAGAUGUUAAUCUCUGUCAUUGUAAAUUGGGCCAUCCAACCCCUGCAACUCUAAGCAAGGUCCUAAAACAAAUCAAUAUAUCUACCUCACUUAAGGACCUAAGAUUCUUUAAUGCUUGUCAACAAGGUAAGAGCCAUAAACUACCAUUUCUAUUAUCCUACAUUCGUGCCAGUCAACCUUUAGAGCUUAUCCAUACCGAUCUCUAGGGUCCCUCCUAUAUAUCUUCAAAAAAUAAUUUUCGAUAUUAUAUUCAUUUUUUAGAUGUUUAUAGUCGGUUUACUUGGGUAUUUCCCCUAACUUUAAAAUCUCAAGCCUUUGAAACUUUUCUUCAGUUCAAAAGUCUUGUUGAGAAACAAUUUGGCUUACCAAUAAAAGGAGUGCAAGCAGAUUGGGGUGGUGAGUACCGUCCUUUUGCUCAAUUUUUAAGUGAUCAAGGUAUUAAAUUUCAGCAUCCCUUCCCCCAUACACAUGAGCAACAUGGACAUGCUGAGUGAAAACCCAGGCACAUUACUGAGAUUGGUUCAACAAUCCUUGCACAAUCUGGUUUGGACAUGAGUUACUGGUGGCAUGCCUUUCAAUGUGCUGUCUAUAACAGUUGUUCUUGGUGAUUUGAGUCCAUAUGAGUGUUUGUUUAAUCAAAAACACGAUUAUGGCUUCUUAAAGCCUUUUGGAUGUGCUUGUUUUCCACAUCUUCGCCCAUACAAUAAUCACAAACUUCAAUACCGAUCUGAACAGUUUAUCUUUUUGGGAUACUCCCUAAGGCACAAGGGAUACAUGUGUGAAAACAAGGAUGGCAGACUCUUCAUUGCUCGAAAUGUGGUUUUUCUUAUCCUCAGUGUUUUCCUUCAGCUCAAUUUAAUACAACUUCUCUGCUUAAUGUUACUACUUUUGUUGAUGUGUCCCCUAUUGUUGAUGCGACCAUUUUUUCUCGAGCACUUGUCAUCUCUCCCCACAUUGCUUCAGCUGUCUCUCUAGAGGUCCAGGUUUCUCCACAAAAUAAAUCUCUUCCAGCUUCCUCAGCUCCACAUGUUGACUAUGUUGCACAAUCGGGUUCUGUUCCAUCAGCUCAGCAUGUUGUCCCUCCAACCAUCUCCGUUACAGCUACAUCAAAUGCCUCUGACCAUCCUGCAAAUGUCUUAUUGGAACCUCCUCUUCCAGCUACUGCUUCAAUUAGGACUCAUGCUAUGAAAACUAGAUCGUGUAGUGGAGUAUACAAGUCGAAGGCUUACCUUGCUACCAAGCAUCCUUUGGCUGAAUCUCUUCUUCCCACUUAAUCGAAGUCCACUCGUACUGCUCUUCAACAUCCUCAUUGGUUAGACUCCAUGCAGAAGGAAUAUGAUGCUCUUAUUCACAUAGGGACAUGGACUUUAGUUCCUUACACUAAUGAUAUGCACGUCAUAGGCAACAAAUGGGUGUACAGAGUUAAGUUGAAAGCUAAUGGAACCUCAGAAAAGUUCAAGUCCCGACUUGUUGCUAAAUGAUAUCUCCAAACACCAGGGAUAGACUAUGAGGAUACAUUCAGCCCUGUAGUUAAACCAACUAUGGUCCGUUUAGCUCUAGCUUUGACAGUAUCAUCCAAUUGGGAGGUGAGGCAGUUUGAUGUUGGAAAUGCCAUUCUAAAUGGGACCUCGAAUGAGACUGUUUUACAUGUGUCAGCCCCAAGGUUUUGUUUAUCCCAACAAACCAACUCAUGUUUGUAAACUAAAUAAGGCAAUCUAUGGUCGUAAGCAGGCUCCUAGAACAUGGAAUGAAAAGCUCAAAACUACUCUUUCAGGCAUCUAAAGCUGACACUUCACUCUUUGUUUAUGGGUCCUCUUCUACUUUGGUCAUUGUACUAGUCUAUAUAGAUGACAUAUUAAUCACAGGGCCUAACCAGCCACUGAUUAAGACACUUGUGGCUGAUUUGAAUCA